CACCUAGGAGGAGGAGUCACGUCAUUGAGGUGGUUCCCUAACAACAUCUCUAAGAUAUUUUAGUAAUCUAAUGCGACAUUCUGGGUGUAAUAUUCAGGCUACAAGGUACAAUGAGUCUCUCUGGGGGAAGAGAGGAGGAGGAGGGGGCGACGUACUUUAAGAUGAGGCUCUCUGGGGAACGUGACACUGACAGUGUGGACCAUGGUGGAGAGUGCUGUUCGAAAUCCGAUCUUAAGAAAUAUGCCUCUGAUCUCACACUGGACCCAAACACAGCAUUCAGAGAGCUUACUCUGUCUGAGCAGAACAGGAAGGUGACAAAGGUGAGAGACGAGCAGCCGUAUGCUGAUCACCCAGAGAGAUUUGACUUCUGCAGACAGGUGCUUUGUAGAGAGGGUCUGACUGGGCGCUGUUACUGGGAGGUAGAGUGGAGUGGGGAAGGGGCUGAUAUAGCAGUGACAUAUAAAGGAAUCAACAGGAUAGGUGAUGGUAAUGACUGUGAUCUUGGAUUCAAUAUCAAGUCCUGGAGUGUGCACUGCUCUGAUGAUGGUUACAAUGCCUGGCACAAUGACGAGAGUAUUGCCAUACCUGUCCCCUCCUCCUCCCACUCAAACAGAGUAGGAGUGUAUCUGGACUGGCCCGCUGGCACUUUGUCCUUCUACAGCGUCUCCUCUGAUGCACUGAUCCGCGUGCACACAUUCCACUCCACAUUCACUGAGCCUCUCUACCCAGGAUUUGGGAUUUGGGCGACUGGCUCCUCAGUGACCCUGUGUCAGGUAGAAUAGCCUCCUGUUUCCUGGAGGAACAUCAGGGAAGUCACACUCCAGUUCAAACACCUGUAAGCAUGACAGAACGCACACUUUAAAAAAAAAGGGUUUGGUUAGGGUACGAUAUUGUUCUCUGUGGUACAAAUAUCAACAUACACCAUUAUGUACUUAUGUACAGAUAGUAAUCUAGUACAAUGGUACAUUUUUGUACCAAAUAUUUUGAAUAUAAAAGUACAAUCAUUGGAGGUGUAGCUUUUUGGGGGAGUGGCUUUCAAUUAGUUAUUUUUGGCCACCCUUGAGUGGAAGUGUUGUACCAGUGGUCCAUGGUUAUGUUAAUUUGAGUUCGAGCAUAUCUGCUGCUCGUUUUGAAGUCUUUUCAAGACGUAUAUACAUAUGUAAGAGCAUGUGACAAUAAAGAGCUGUAAAUAAUAUUAUAGCGACAUUAACCCAACAUUGAGCCACCUUGUCAAGAGGUAUGGACCUCUUGGCAUGAUGGUAUGGUGCUGGCUUAACAGUCACUGGACCCAGGUUCAAAUCCUGGUCGGGUCUACCCCCUGAAUUUAUUACCUUUGUGUCAAAAGGGGGAUGGUGGAAAGUGUACAUGUGAGAGACCUGGUAUAGAAAAUAGGUAUAUUUAUUAUAAAUCAUUUGGUGGGUGCUUAUACCGUAUUUGUCUUAUACACAUGUGGGAAUUAGAAAUGAGAUGUUCUGCAUAUCACAAUUCCCCCCAUCAUCAACAGUGACCCUGGAGCAAUUAGGGUUAAGUGCUUUGCUCAAGGGCCUUGUUGGCUUGGGGAUUCGAACUAGCAACGUUUCUGUUACUGGCCCAACACUCUAACCUCUAGGCUUAGGUACCUGACACCACCAUUGUUUUCUGACAUCCCAGGUUUUGGCACUUAAAAUGAACAAAAAGCUUUGUCACUGAGGUUGUACCUUAAAAAGGAACAUUUGUAUAUUUUUGGCUCUUUUAAUGUGCGGACUGCAAGGGUACUGUUAUGUGCCUAUAACAUAACUAAUGAGUAAUAACAGGAUACCACUAGAGUGACAAGCGUUUCUACCCCUUUAAGUACAAUAAGGUACCUUUUUUUCUGAGAGUACAGAGACAUGUUUUUAAAUUAACAAUCUUUUUGAUAUUGUUUUAAUUCCUUGGUGUUUGUAAAUAUUGCUAUCGGUAGAACACAUAUUUGUCAAAAUGUCCACACAACAAUCCUUUAUGCAAUUUAAACAGAUGAAAGAAGAUGUUUUCAUUUGCAUUUACAAGAAUAUGGCUUUUCAAUAAAUGAAGUCCUUCAUA